AUGAAGCUGACCAAGGACGGCAUCCAUCCCGACCCUGCAAAGGUAGCAGCUAUCGUACAGAUGGUGCCACCAACUAACAAAGUCGAGGGUGUGGAGUAUCGACGUAACUGUCGCCACUUGCUGCUCAUUCCAGACUCGGAGCCAGUCCUGGAGGAUCAAACACCACCAGACCACAUCAACCAACAGCAUCCCAGACCAGCAAUGGACAGACGUCAUCGCACAACGAAAACCCCACAGUGGCACCAGGACUAUGUGAUAACGGUAACUAUUUCUGUCAUUCUCGGUUUCAUCUCCAUUGUGACAAUCAAAGGUAACAUUUUGGUGAUUGUUGCUUACAUCAAAGACAGGUGCAUUAGGUCUACCGUGGCCAAUUCAUUUAUACUGAGUUUGUCUGUCUGCGAUUUGAUAGUCGGUGCUGUCUCAUUGCCCUUGGCCUCUAUAUGGAUCGUCCUGGGCUACUGGCCCUUCGGGAAGAUCCCCUGUCAGAUAUGGCUCGCUGUGGACUACACCGUAGUCCAUGUUGCCGUCUUUACGAUCAUUUUCAUCAGCCUUGAUCGAUACUGGUUGCUGACCAAAAAAUUCGCCUAUGCCACUUUCCAGACGCACAAACGCGCAGCUAGCAUGAUCAUUGCGUCAUGGCAUAUCAACUUGCUGUUUUACUCCACGUCAUACCAAAGAAAGCUGCCUGCUGAUACUGGAUUGGACGACAAUGCAGCUAGCGUUAAGGGAACUCGGAAACGCUGGACAGCGAGGCAGAGCAGUAGACCCGAUCAAGUUGACAGAGGCAAGCGGCGAGAGUUCAAGCGGCAUAGGAAGGCAGCGGUGACACUGUCAGUUCUGGUGGGCGUUUUCAUAGCAAUGUGGUUGCCUUUCUACAUGGGAUCACUCCUUGCUUCCAUAUGCGAGGAAUGUGUUUCUUAUCUCGCAUGGGAAGUGGUUAACCAUCUGCUUUGGUGUAACUCGACAAUCAAUCCUCUCUACGCUUUUCUAGUGGUACAAUUCAGACGGAAUUUUAUAUGCUGUUUGAAACUGAAAUUGUGCACGAAAUGA